GAUAUAGGCGGGCAGACCGUCUUGUGGUACUGGGCUGGUGAGGAGAACAUGGUGCGCACCAAGGCUGACAGCGCGGGAACGUCCACUGGCAGCUACAGGAAAGCUGUUGCUGCUAGAGCACCACGAAAGUCUUUUGGUGCAAGCUCUUCUUCCUCAAAUCAUACAACAUCACCAACUGGGAAAAAGUCUGAUGGCAAGUAUGCUGGAGGCAACCCUGUAUGUGUCCGACCAACGCCAAAAUGGCAAAAAGGUAUAGGAGAUUUCUUUGGCUCUCCAUCUACUGGCAGUAUAGAAAAAGAGAACUGUGUGCCUUCUGACGAUGAUGGUGAAGAAGCAGGAGGCAGUGGCGUUGGUAAAGCACCACGGAAAGCACGUCCCUUGAUUGACGAUGGUUCAGAUGAAGACUGAAUGCUGGUUUUAUUAGUUGCCUGUAUAUUUGUAAAUAAAAUGUUGUUUGUACAGUUUCUCUUAUUUGCUUUUACACUGGC